AGGGGAAAAAACCUGGCGAUUUUUUGUAUAGCAUUGUGGCUGUUGGCAGAUGUGUUUGCUACCUCGGCCAUUGCAGCGUUUGGCUUAUAAGGAAAUGGGGAUUAGAUGGAAACGAAUUGGACUCGGUUUGUUAAGCUUUUUUGUUCUUGAUUCAAAGUUUCAUGACUGGAGGGUCUUUGGCCGUUGAUUCUGAUGGUUUGGCUUUGUUGGAAUUUCGAGCCAGAAUCGAUUCUGAUCCUUAUGGUGCGUUUUCAAACUGGAAUUCCAAUGACACCACCCCAUGCUUCUGGUGGGGGAUUCAUUGUGUCGACGGUAAAGUACAAAUGCUGGAUCUGACUGCUCUUUCUUUGGAAGGAACCUUGGCACCUGAGCUGGGGAAAUUAAGCCACUUAAGAUCACUUGUUCUCUACAAAAACCGUUUCUCCGGUGCCAUUCCAAAGGAGUUCGGAGAGCUUAUGAAGCUCGAGCUAUUGGAUUUGAGGGAAAAUGACUUGGGAGGAACAAUUCCAGCUGAAAUAGGCAAAAUGUUGUCUCUAAAACGCUUGCUACAUUGUGACAACAAGUUGGAAGGUAGCAUUCCUUCAGGUCUCGGGAGGCUUAACUUGCUCUCCGAACUGCAGUUUGAUGAAAACCUUACAUCGAUGUCUGCUACCGAAAUCGGCUGUGUAAAUAGGAAGUUUGGACUAUGCAUAUGGCAAAGCAGUUUGAAACAACUGAGCAGAGUGGGCUCGUUGCUCAUGCCGAUUAGAGGAGCUCUCAUUCAUUACCUCAUUGCUCUGCCAUUAGCACAGCAAAAGGACUCGCUGGCCGAACAUCAAGACGAUUGCUGCCAAGAUGUGCCAGUAUGUUGGUCUGAUCAACAAAUGGCCCAUAACAUACGGGAUGUUGUUCCUUCUGCACGUCGUAGGCUGCUUGAGCAGUCGAAGAACCUCCCAGCUCGGCCUGCUGCUAGCAUGUCGUCCAACAAUCGGAUCAUUUCUCUGCCAACUAACCGAAGUAGUGGGAGUUUCCCCGUGGUUCCAAAGGCAAAAAAUAAACAUCGACCCUCACCAAUUGAAUUCCCUCCUCCGGAGAUGGAUACAACGGAUGUAGAGGAAGAUGCCGAACAUGCUUCAGGGUCUGGUUCCAGUAGUUCAUGGAAAUAUCUCAUUGUCAUUCCCUGUGUGGCCAUCUUUCUUGGGUUUCUGGUCAUGUAUCGUAAACGAGCUGCAAAAACGAUCAGUCCCUGGAAAACCGGACUAAGCGGACAGCUUCAGAAAGCUUUUGUUACAGGAGUGCCUAAGGUAAACCGAGCGGAACUCGAAACAGCCUGUGAGGAUUUUAGCAAUAUAAUUGACACAAUUGGAGGUUGCAAAGUUUACAAAGGGACACUUUCCAGCGGGGUUGAGAUCGCUGUUGCAGCUACUAGCAUUUCUUCUUUAAAAGAUUGGUCCAAAAGCUCAGAGAAAGCCUAUAGGAGAAAGAUCGAUAAAUUGUCGCGAAUCAACCAUAAGAACUAUGUCAACCUUAUUGGCUACUGUGAGGAGGAUGAACCCUUCAACAGGAUGAUGGUGUUUGAAUAUGCUCCAAAUGGAACCCUUUUCGAGCAUCUGCAUGUUAAAGAAAUGGAACAUCUUGAUUGGAAUGCAAGGAUGAGGAUCAUCAUGGGGGUAGCAUAUUGUCUUCAAUAUAUGCACCAUGAUCUAAAUCCUCCCUUAGCUCAUCCAAGCUUAAGUUCAUCUUCUAUCUACCUAGCAGACGAUUAUGCUGCGAAGGCCAAAGCCCAAUACAACAAGGCCCAACAAGACCCGGUUCAGACCCAAUACUCAAACCAGGCCUGGAUUUGGCCCAAGUACAUCGAUUUCGGUUUAAAUCCUAUUUUCAUUAUGUUCUUAUCGAUAUUUGAUAUACACGACUCAUUCUCAUUCCUCUUUCAACUUCCGAAGCUCGGGGAAAUCGGUUGUUUGCCGCCUGCACUGAAGUCUGUGACCUUAGGUGGUGCUGAAUCACAACAUUCAUCUGAAUUGCCACCUUUAGUUGAUUUAGAAACGAAUGUCUAUAGCUUCGGAGUAUUGUUACUUGAAACCAUUUCCGGAAAGCUUCCGUACUCCAAAGGACAAGGACCGAUCGAGAAAUGGGCAGAUCAAUACCUGAUGGAGAAGUCACAGAUGAGCUCGAUGAUCGAUCCGACGCUCGAAUUGUUCAAAACCGAAGAACUUGAGAUAAUCUGUGAGGUUAUCAAAGAAUGCAUCAUAGCAGAUCCAAGGCAGAGACCAACCAUGAAAGACAUAAUUCCAAAAUUGAGACAAGUGAUUCAUAUUGGCCAAGAACAAGCCACGCCUAGACUCUCGCCAUUGUGGUGGGCAGAACUUGAGAUGUUAGGUACUUUGACCGACGACUCCAUUAUUUUGUGUUGA